CGCCCGCGGCGCGGGCGGCGGCCCCGCUGGCGGCGGUCGCGGCGGCGCUGCUGCUGCUGGUGGUGGUGGCCGGGCGCCCCGCGGGGGCCUGGGCCGGCGCCAGGAUCGCAAGGGAAUUGUCUCCAUGUCGUCUACGGGCGAGUGCAUUCUCUAUGGGUACUCUAUGCUCGAGCCCUACGGCACCUCGCAGGCCGAGCUUUUCGAAGCCGAACCCGGGUGGGUCUGGCUGACCAACAGCAGCACCGUCGCCGUGCAGGGACUUCUCGGCGAGUUGGAUCCCCCGAAGACAGGCGAAGCGUUGGUCCUGAAAGAGAUCACCAUCGGUGGCCCCAGCCUGUACGGAGGCGUGGUGCACAUCGCGGCCCACGAGACCACAUGGUAUCCCCCAAGCGGUGAGAGAGUUAUCAUCCUCGCCGAGGACAUGUCGCUGUGGUCGUUGCCAGGCGUCCUCGAAACGUCGGUGGAUCACAAUGGGGAAUCGGUCCAGCCGGAUCGCGCGGAUCUCCCGAUGCAUGUGGUGCAUGCGAAGCUUGGGGGCUUCGAAAUGGAGGUCGAUCGGUGGAACGACGUCGGCGCCACCGAAAAGUUCAUGAAUGUCAAGAUCGUCAAGCCCGUGGAGAGCUCAGAGACAGGCCUGUGCCCGAAUUCCGAAGGAAUAGCGGUACCAGAUGCCGAAGUGUUCGCCGUCCAUCAUAGCCCAUCACCAACGGGCGAUACUUCGGCAGGCGCACAGGCCUCGGCCCUUGUUAACUCAGGAGGCAUCCAUAUCUUCGCCAACGGCAGCAACUUCUCGACCGCCUUGGAGAUCGCCUCGAACACCUUGGAGAUCGCCUCGAACACCUCGAACGCCUCGAUCGCGUCAAUCGCAGACAAAUCAGGCACUGCAGACACGUUCCUGCAUUUCGUUUUGAUUUGGGCCAUUGCAAGUUCGGUUGUGCCGUUCAUUAUGUGAGGCGCGAGCGACGGUAGUAGUUAGAAGGAUUAGCCAUCUGUGCCCAAUAGGAACACUUUUUGGGUAGACUCCUCGGCUUGCAAGGGGUGAACAUGGCAUGGGGACGGUCAUGGAGCGCACAGUUGAGCUGAACUUUCUUAUGUUUGAGGAUUUUCCACACUGAUUGUUUUUCUCGCGAGAGCCGUCCGGAGAGCACAAAGACAGCACGUUCAGAUUAAUGUUUGUUUCGUGCGGUUGUUCUAGUUGUGGCCAGCUUUCGCAGGAGUGAUGAAGAGGUAUGCUGGACAUUACCUUUAUCUCGCAGAUCAUCCCGACUGCGCUAUGGAACCUGCUCAGCGCCACGCAGCGUAGGUUUUCCAGGUGACUUUUGACCACCUGGCGCACCCUACAAAACACAAUACAGUAUGUGAGAGGAGGAA